AUGAGGAAGACGGAAGCAGCACAAAUUGUAACCGGCACAAGUCCUCCACCAAGAUUCUCGUCAUAUUACAAGAAUGUCGCGGUAUUCGGAUGGAUGAGGAGGUUCGUAAAUAAUAUUCGUGUAUCAAAAGAAAAUCGCCUUCUCAGCAGAACACUCACGACCAUGGAAUUAAAAGUGGCAGAGAAUGACAUUCUGAGACAACUCCAAUCCGAAUUCGACCAAGACACCACAAACAUUUAUGGAAUUCCCGUGCAGAAAAAAGAAGACGGAUUAUUCCAUGUAAAAUCAAAAAUUCUUUACGGAAAAGAAAGUGAAGAAUUUAGAUGGCCAAUCCUUCUACCAAAGUCGCAUCCAAUUGUGGAGAUGUUGAUCAGGGAUAUGCACAUCAAUUAUUGUCACGCCGGAGUGCAAUUCCUAAUUGGAAAACUUCGGGAAAAAUACUGGAUUCCUCAAUCAAGAAGGACAGUCAAGAAAGUUAUCAAAUCAUGCGUAAAGUGCCGAAGGUACCAAGCAAAGCCUCUUGAAGUUGACCCAGCGGCAGCUUUACCAGAAAAUAGGGUUACCAUUGGGGGCCCAUUUCAAGUAACAGGAGUUGACCUCGCUGGACCUCUGCAACUUCGGGAUGGAAAGAAAGCCUGGAUCGUACUUUACACGUGUGCUGUUUACCGUGGGAUUCACCUUGAUGUCGUCACGGCCAUCAGCACUGAAGCCUUUCUUGAAUCUCUGGAGAGGUUUAUAAAUCAAUACGGACGACCCAACACCGUUUAUAGUGAUAACGGGACAAAUUUUGUGGGCGCCGUUAACCUCUUCAAAAAAGUGGAUUGGAACAAGGUGGCAGAAACCAGCAAUGUCAAGAAAAUCCAGUGGAUCUUCAACCCACCCACAGCAGCAUGGUGGGGAGGAUGGUGGGAAAGGAUGGUCCGAUCCGUAAAAGACCUUUUGAAGAGAAUGCUUGGUCGUGCAAAAUUAAAUUACGAUCAAUUGCGUACGUGUCUCUCAUCAGUUGCGGCAGUUAUCAAUGACCGUCCCUUGACCACCACAACCGAAGAUCACGAGGACCUCAUCCCUUUAACACCAGCAAUGUUUUUCAAAGGGGUGUCAAAAUCAGAAUUUCCAGAGAGUUUGGAAAUUAGUUCAAGAUAA